CAAUCUCUGCAACACCAGGCCAAACUACCAGCAGUAUGACUACAUCAGCAGAUAACAGCACAAAUUUAUCCUCCUCUGUCUCUGGUAACACAGCAGACAAUAGUACCAUGUUGGCGUCCACAGUCUUUACUACUACUACCUCACCUCAUACAAACAACAGUACCAUAUCUUCACCAGCAGAUGUCAGUACAUCAACAAAUUCUAGUGUUUCUAAAUCAAACACACAAACCAGUUUACCUGCAAUGUUACAUUCAAGACAAACUUCACCUACUACAGAUUCUUUGACAGCCAAAUCCAAUACAACAAGCACCAACUUUACAACCUUAGCAUCCAUAGUCUCUGCAACACCAGGCCAAACCAAUAGCAGCACGACUUCAUCGUCUCCAGUUUCUCUUAACACAGCACCCAGUUCAGCGAACAGCAGCAUAACUACAACAGCAGAUCUCAGCAUAAUUGCAUCUUCUACCAUUUCUAGUACUUUAUUACCAAGCACAAUAGGCAGUAGCAUGACCUCAACAUCAGCAGAUAUCAGCAGAACUUCAUCACCUGCAGUUCCUGCUGCUACAACUCACAGAACAAUGGGCGACAGCACAACAUCUACAACGGUGGAUGUGAACAAAACAUCAGCACCAGCUGGGUCUGCAACGACAGCAUCCACAACAAUGAGCACAAGUACUGGUUCAGCAGAAACUGAACACACAGGCCCCAUGACAACAGGCACCCAACAAGUGACUGUUCAUUUAAGAGUGUCUGUUUUAACCAGUAAAGAGGAAAAUGAUGACACCAUUUUGCGUUCCUUGUCUAAUUUUGUGUCCCAGGCUCUUCUUGCGCAAACAUGUGAGGACUGCACUUUUACAAUGAGACAGAUCCAACGCACUUGAAAAACCAUGCAGGCUGUGAACGC